CACAUUCUAAAACCAGGAGAAGGAAAGGCCACACCUUGACUGUUUCUUUUUUUGUUGUUGUUGUUGUUUUUAAAUUUAUUUUAUUUUUAAUCUUUACUGCUGCAUCAUUCAGAGCGGAUUCAUUGGAGGAUUAAGCAGAAAAAGAAAAAUCUGCCAGAUCCUUGUACAGAUGGCAUUCUUUCGACAAUUAAAACUUCUCCUCUGGAAAAAUGGCCUGGGUGUCUUCAGACAGCCAAUAUGGUCAUUGACACUCAUCGGCUGGCCAGUCAUCAUCUUCAUCAUCAUUGCUGUGACCCGCCACCACUUCCCUCCAGUAGUAAAGCAAACAUGUUAUACUGGAGUCCGAAACCUACCCAGUGCAGGAUUUUUCCCUUUCUUGCAGACUCUCAUGUGCAACACAGACAGCACUUGUAGCAACAAAUCAUUCCUGACUCAUACAUCGUCAGGUCAGAGGUCCUCAAGGCAAGCAAGGUCAGCAUUCUGGCCACAGACUUAUGGACCUAUUCCUGGGGAGCCAAGAGAGUUUUUCAAUGCAGUGAACUCUGAGAACUCCAUCAGGGACAUUGAAAUAGUGAAGCAGAUGCUCACCAGUAUUUUGGAUCCAACUUACCAAGGAAAUUCAAACAGUAAACCAUUCAUGAGUGACGCCAAUGCUACUCAGGAACCAUUCAGUGAAAUCCUGCAAUCAGUGAACAUGAUAAAGAGGACCAUUUGCACCAUGGCUCAGCCAGUCAUUAACGUGUCCUCUGUCAGCCCCCUCACUGAAGCUCUGGUCAUCUUCUGCAAAUCUAAUGACACCAUAUUUGAAGCCUCCCUCACUGCACUCAACCAGGUGCUGACGAAGCUGAUGUUGACAAAACCAGAUGAAGUGCUGACGGGUGCUGGGAUAACUAUGGUGGCAUUCAAACAGCUACAAAACCAAAGCUCGCUUUGGGAAACCCUGCUUGCUAUUCCCCAGCUAUUCACAAACAAGUCUCUUGACCAUAGUUACAUAGAGACACUGCUCACCAACGUACAGGGUGUUCUGCAUGCUAUGCAAAGUGAAAUCCCUGAAGCUCCCAGCUCAGUCUAUCUACUACAGUCGCUGUUGGUUUUGCCUAUUAAUGUGAAUCGCUAUGUUCAAAAGUGGCCUGGAAAAGACUUUUCAAUUUCCCUUGGAGAUGUUGUCACAUCCCACAGUGAUUCACUCAGUCAAGCCAUGAAGACUGCUCUGCAAGAUUUCAAGAUACCGCUGGACAAGGCGUUGUUCCUGCUGAUGGACAGGGACAUGCUGCAUUCCUACAUGUGUAGCACCAACACUGACUCCAUGUGGAUAGCGGCAGCGUGUGUAACACGCGCGGCAAACAUGUUUCUGAGCCACAUCAGUCCUGACAAAGUGGCCAAGCAGAUAUUACUGGUGUGGAGCAAGAAUGUUGCACAUCAUGACCUCCAUUUCGUCAAGGGGAUGGUGCACAGUCUGAUGGGAGCGUCUACUCCCGGAGGACAGGGACAAACAGGCACCACCAGGACUCACCGUAGCGUAGAUACCCUGCCACAAAACAUCGAUCAGGAGCUGUUUUUGGCUGUGGGUCAGGUGGUAAUGGACAUUAUUGCAACUGUCCCUGAUAUGGAGACGAUUGUCCAGUCCAUCCUCGGGGUUUCUUUGAAUUCCAUGAAAAUAGCCUCACUGACUCUAGACAAGAUAAAAGAAAUCUUGGAGAAUGUAAUCAGUGAUGCCACUCAGCUCCAAAACACUUACCUUAUGCUAUUGAAAAACCAGUCUGAAGCAAGGAUUUGGAUUGAUCAUGCAAUGGACAGUGUCAUGGAAGUUAUGUUCAAGAUUCUGACAUCUACAACCAGUAUAACUUGUGAGGAAAUCAUGGGUCCAAUUGGGUGGCUCUUACCCGACAACAGUGUAAAGACUGAGGUGUGGAGGUCACUGAUCUGCCAGAACAUCACUGCUCUACACCAAAAUCUGCUGAUGGACUGGCUGCCUUUGAUUCAGGAGGGAAGAGAGAUAAAUAGUACCAUGAUGGGCAAUGCAACAGAUAAAGUCACACUUCCCCUGAUUCUCUCUGAAUGGCAGAAGUUGUCCAAUAAUACUCUGGAGUUUGGGAUGGUUUUGAAUCGACUGAACACUGAGCUGGGUGCAGCCUACUGGGCGGCAUGGAUACUAAACAGUACACAUGAUGUCACAGAGAUCCUUCAUCAAAGUGUGUUCUCCUUCAUGGUAAAAUCUGGACAAUACCUCGAGAAAGGUGACCAGUGGCCUGCGAUAAAGAACUAUUUCCACAUGGGUUACUGGAUUUUAAAGUACAGACCUGGCAUCACAACUCAGCCACCAAACUGUUCCUUUGACAACACCACAUUACUCAUUGAGUGCAAUGCUGAGCUGGACUGGUCACAGUUUGUUCAAACAGCAUUUGAGGCUCUUGCAUUACCGAGCCAAGAUGUCCUGGUGAACUGUCUCAAAGGAACUGUGAAACUGUUGCAGCAUGUCUAUAGUGGCUUUUACAAACAUCACGCAGAAUUGUAUCUCCGUCAAGAAAUCCGAGGUGGACAUGCUCUGUCUGCAUACCUGAUUAACCUGGUCAAUAACCUGGACGGCUUUAUCAACACGUUCACCCAACUUGAUGAUGAGAACAUCUCGAAUCCCAAUGUCACCCUUCCUCUAAUCAGUAACCUGUUACAGUCCACAGGUCUGGAAGUACUUUUGCCCAUAAUUAGCGCUGACGGCUCCCUCAAUAUUUCCUCAGUACUCGAUGCAGUUAUUCAGAUUGGCAGGCUCAACCAGCAUAUUUGUACGUUCAAUGAGACUGAUACCGUAGGGCCUGAACUGGAGAAUCUGAUAAAGCAGGUCCUGAGCCUACAGGGAAACCUCACCCUGUCCCUGUCUCUAAGCAUGGUGCGGACCUUUUUUAAUUACACUGACGACUUCCGCAAUGCUGAUGUUGACCAUAUUAGGGAUGCCAUCCAGCCUUUCAUCAACCAAAAUGCAACAGGCAUUGUUGGCAACAUUCUCAGAGAAAUGGAGCAACUGAAGAAAGUGAUGGAUUCACCCAAUUCUGACCCUCAAAAUAUAAUCCUGUUGUACCUUCACCAGCUUCAAGAAUUUCUGGUUUCUGCUUAUAGACUACGCAGGAUUGAUCAUAUUUUGCUACCAAGCAGCCAGCUGAGCACAGCUCAAGUCACUGACCUUCACUUGCUUGUAAAGGACUUGUUUGACCUCCUCACUCCUGAAGGCCUUCACAAUCUGUCUCAGGCUGGACCAGACACUGCCCAGAAAAUUGUUGGGGAAAAACUGCUGGCCUUCCUACCAGCUAAUGUCCAACAGAAGGCAACGGUCUUUGCCCAGUAUUUCCAGUCACUGCAGAAGGGUUGCCCCAAUCUGGAAACUGACCAGAACUGUUUGGCUGAGAUCUCAGACUUCUUCAAGAUUUUGCCUCAGAUAUUAGAGAUACUGUUAACAGUUGAGGGGAAUAUCACCAUCAAAAUAAGUGAAUAUAAUUCUUUUGGAAAAUAUGAUAGCAUCACAACCAUGUUCUUUUCACUCCUUGUGCCCCAAAAUGACAGUGCCAGCAUGAGAAUAUUUGAACGAAUUCUCAAUUUCAUCAGCAUGGUCACAGCUACACCAAAUGUUACAGUAUCACAUAUCCAGAAUACCUUGAGACAGUCAAAUCUUACCCUUGGGGAACUGCAGGAAAUUGCUUCAUAUGUUGGAGCACACAACAUAAGUGGCCUCAUGGAUAAUAUAAUGGAGAUUCUAAAUGCACAGCAAUGUUUUGAGUCAUCAUUGCUGACCAUCCAGUGUGCCAUGCAGCUCAUAAAUGGGGUCAGUGAAUUCCUGGCACAUGUACCUGCUCUCCGUAAUGAGACAACCAUCUUGUCCUUCAUCCCAAUACUAAUCAAUAAAACAGUCAGUGAAGUUGUACAAACUAACUUCACUUCCACGGCAAACCAUGCGGUCAUAUAUGUCUUGAACAGCACCCUUGCCAAAAUCAAGAUGAACCUCCAUUUGAUCCAUCUCAACAACCCAGAGAUCAUGGAGGAAAUCAGAGUGCUUGAGAGUCUGCUUCAACUAGCCACUAAUCCACACUCGUUUAAGGCCAACGUUAGUGGCGCUUUGAUGAAAAAUCCAUUUUAUGAAGAGAAAGCAUACCUGGAGCUUGUGGAAUGGUAUUUGAAAAAGCUGGAGAACAUCACCAGCAACAGCAAAGCAUUACUACCUAUACGUCCUGUUUUCAAACUCGUACAAAUGCAACUUGCAUUGCAGUUGGCACAGACAGACUUCCUUUUGUUUGUUGUUAAUCGGACUGAGCAUCUGUGUGAAAGCCUGCAAUACCCCAUAGAUGGAGAAGGAGUGAGUAAAAUUGGCCAAACAACAACUGAGAUUCUCCUGCAUCUAUUUGAAUUCAUAAAAGACAGUUACCCGCCUCAGAAUAACAGCGUCUACGGUACUGAAUUGUUGUUCAACUCAAGUGUUUUGUAUGCCACUGAGCAACAAUUUAAGAAAUACAUUGCCUUUGUACAGCAGCUGGUGAGAUACCCCAGUGUUUUCAGUAGCAUCUUCCAGUGGAGGAACUCUUCACUAAAUGGCUCCACUCUUGAUGCAGAUCUCCAAAAAAUGCUAAAGCCUGUAGGUAUGUUACUCAGUAAGGAGCAGCUAGACUACCUCUCCAUUGUGGACAGUGUAAUCCAGUAUCUCAGCAAAGCCCUCGUGGCAGCAGAUCAUCUGAGUGACAUACAUAGUGGCAACUACUCCAGAGCCAUCUUGACAGCAGUUGGACAUAUUUUGAAGAUACUCACCAGAGUUCAGGUCAAUGACACGGAUUCUACAAUACCUAAACUGGAACGACUGAUAAUGUGUUUCCUGAAUCUGCAGUGGAAUUUUACCACAUCUCCAUCCCAAAGUAUGGAGGACACUUUCCUUGGGUAUUAUAGCUCUUUUCAACCUGAUGCUGUGGCCUGCUUUAAUCAUACUUUUAAGAAUCUGACCAACCAGACUUCAGUGGGCAUUCUACAGGCCAUUCUAAGAGCAAUGAAGCAACUGAAGAGAGUGCUGGAUUCCCCAAACAGAGAUGCCAAAAUGAUAAUUCUUGCAUACGUUCACCAGGUUCAACAGUUUCUGGUUUCUGCAUUCAAACUACACAAAUUUGAACACCUCUUGCUACUGAGUGGACAGCAGAGCACAGAUGAAGUCAUUGACCUCCACUUGUUUUUGAAAGACUUUCUUACCCUUCUCACUCAUGAGAGUCUUCAGAACUUCUCUCAGGCUGGACCAUAUGCUGCCCAGAAAAUAGUAGCAGAAAAGAUUAUGGAUUUCCUUGCAGAGGAUGUCCAACUGAAUGCUGGAUCCUUUCUCCAGGAUUUCCAAUCACUGCAGUACCAGAUUACAGACCAGAAUUGUUCAGAUGCAAUCUCAGAAUUCUUCAAAUUUCUGGAUUACUUAUCAAAGACGCUGACCUUUGAGGACAAUGCCACAGUCACAAUAGCUGCAAACAUCUCGUCUCUGAGUAAAUGUGAAAAACUGACAACCAAAUUCUUCUCACUCCUGCUCUCAGAAGACUCUGCCAGUGUGGUGAAGUUCAAACAAAUUUUAACUUUCUUGGAUAUGUUCAUGGCUACACCAAAUGUUACUGUAUCUCAAGUCCAACACGCUUUGAGAACAUCAAAUCUAACUCUUGAGGACCUGAACCACAUUGCUGGAUUAGCUGGAGCUGCCAACAUAGAUGACCUUAUAGACAAUAUAAAGAAGGUUACACAUGCACAUCAGUGUUUUGCAUCACAGAACACAUCAUCAGUGGUGACAGCUCAAUGUCUCAUGGGUCUCAUAAAUGGACUCAGUGGUUUCCUGGCGCAUGUACCUGCUUUCCGUAAUGAGACAACCAUCCUCUCCCUCAUCCCAGUACUAGUCAACCAAACUUUCAGUGAUGUCAUGCAUGCUAACUUCAGUCCCAAUCCAAACCAGCUGAUCACUCACACCUUAAACGGCACCCUGGCCAAAGUCAAGAUGACCCUCCAACUGUUCCAUCUCAACAGUUCAGAGAUCAUGAAUGAAAUCAAAGUGCUGGACAGUCUGAUAAAGUUAGCCAGUGAGUUAAAUGGUGCUGACGGGUACCUAAAGAUUGUUGUCUGGUACUUGGAAAAGCUGGAGAAAAUCACCAACAGUAGCUCUGUGUCAGACCUCCUGUAUCCUUUUUACCAUCUCACAGAAAGGUACGUGGUGUUUGAGCUGGAGUGGAAAGACUUUUUUCAGUUUGUCAGUAACCGGACUCAGUACCUGCUCGAAAUCCUUCAGUACCCCGUAGAUGGAACAGGUGUCAGCAAAUUUGGCCAAACAACAACUGAGAUUCUUCAGCACCUAUUUGAAUUCAUAAAAGGCACCCUUGAGGAUGGGACUAAAAGUGUUUUUGAUGAAGAUCUGCUGUUCAACAAAACCAUUCUGCAUGCUGCUGAACAUCAUUUUAAGAAAUACAAUGAACUUUUACAGAAAUGGAUGAGAAAACCAAACAUCACACUGCUCCUCAAUAGUGUGCUCCAGUGGAGAAACUCUUCAGGAAAUGCCUCUUCUGCUGAAACAAACCUCCAAAACAUGCUUCAGCUUAUGGGUACAUUUCUGAGUAAAGACCAGGUAGCCUACCUCAGCAUCAUUGACAAUAUCACCCAGUCUCUGAGUAAAGCGGUCAUGCUAGCAGAUCAACCAGGCGGCAUACAAAGUGAUGACUUCUUGGAAGCCAUCUUGAAAGCAGUCAAAAAUGUAAUACAGCUCCAAACAACAACAGAAGCCCUGCAACGUUCUAUACAGCAGAACAUCUUAGGCAUCGUGCAGGAUUCAAUUAAACUGAUAGUCCAACCAAACAUCAGCUUUGCAUCGUCACAUAACAUCUCCCUCCACAUCCUCAAGAGGCUGGAGAGCAUCAUCCAACAAACAAUGCCGAAAAGGUCUGCAGAUUUCCUGAUGUCUGGAAUCCGGAUUGCUACCACGUACUUUGAGACCAUCUCCUUAUCUGGUGGGCGACAUAAAUGGAAUGUGAUGAUGUUGAAUCAACUGAAGCUGGUCCAAGGGUUCUUGCCAUCGAACAGUACAGAGCAGCUGUAUAUUUCUGUCCUCAUGAACAUCACUCAGUGUAUGUUGGAGUCUGACCAAGAAAACAUGAGUCUGUGCGCAGGUUUUCAAGUGCAUCAGGAGAAAAUGUGCACCCAAUGUUUACAAAGCCAAAGGAUAGCCACUCAGGUCAGAUCCUGGGUUUUAGCCAACUGGUCAGAGUAUCCGCCUCCCAUGUUGGAGAUUAUGGUCCUAUUCCUGAACACACUUUGGAGACUUGUGAAACAUCAAACAGUCUCAAGUGUACCCAUUCCAUCUCUGGAGGCCUUCGCUGAUCUCGACUCUGUAGCAGAACAGUUGCUGACAGGGCAGGCAAACCAUACCACCUGGAACAAGCUUGAAAAGAUGCUGAAAGCCGUUCUGUCACUCCUCAAAGGGGCAGAGCUAUGGGAUGAUGUCAAAUCUGUGGCAACACACUUUGAAAAAGUCAUAAGGCCUGUGGUCAACAGUAUGCAAGCAGAGAACGUGUUGAUUCCAAAUCUUCACCUGCCCGUGAUGAUUCUGAUGACACAACUCACACAGUCUGUCAACACCAGCCGUUUCAACGUGUCUGAAGUUUCACGCAAUGUGUUGCUUGCCAUUGAACUCACAGUGCGGGCUGCUCACCAGGCGAAUGGUACAUUGGAGUGCAGUGAAGCUCUCAAACUCUGGGAGCCGGUAAGGGAAGCGGCCGGCUUAAGCCACGCCUCCUUGGACAAGUGGUGCAACAAUAGUUGGAAUCCUUUGAUGGAGUCCUAUGAAAGAACUUGUGCAGCUUAUGCAAACAUGAACAUGACCUACAUGGAUGUAGGAUCGAUGACUGUGAACACCACAGCCGCCAUGAUUGUCAGCACUGUGCGUUCUGUCUACAACGUCAACCUUAACUGCAGUCAUGUAAUGGCAGAGCUCAUCAAGGACGUCUGCAGUCAGCUCUCACAGCUUGCAGGCCGGCCUUUGAGCCCUGUGGCGCUGCUUCACUUACACAAGCAGCUGCAGCACAUGCAGUUACAAAGCAGUUUGGAUUCCAUCAAAGGUCUGUCAGAUGAGCUGUUGCGUGUUGCCCCCUUCCUUCAGGGUUACACUCAAGCUCUGGAAAAAGCCCUGAGCCAUAUCGUCCACAACUACCAUCUGAUUCACACCAAUAGCUCUUUCAAACGCCUCUUCAAAGAAGCACACAUGAUUUUCCUCACCUCUGCAAAUAUCAGCUCAGAGUACAUCUUACCGAUGAUGUGGGGAAAUUUUUCUGACCUCAGUGAAACAUCUGUAAUUAAUCUGAUGAGAGAAGCUCUCGCACUGAUGCUCAGAAUGAAGCUACUGGACAAAGAAUCUCAUGCUUACCAAGUUUUGGAGCAAUUUGUGGAAGACAGCGACCAAAAGCUCCUUGUGCAGAAGAUCGGUGAGAUGUGUUCAUGGUGGGCCUCCACUCAAGCAUCUGGACUGGAUCUGCUAAUUGAAGCAUUGCCAAAAAUGUACAACAUCCUCAGGUCUUUCUGGUCUGUUUUGACCCAGAUGAGUGUGGAUAUGCCAGCAAAUAUGGAGUUGUAUGAAAGUGUAGGUGAAAAUAUAAUUACAGCUGUAAAGCAGAUGAUGAGCACCUAUAGUUCUUUGGUGACCAUGGACCACCAACAGCAGGGAACGAGGGGUAUUUCCAAGGGCAGACGCAAACGUGAGGCACCAGUGCAACCAGCGAGAGCGCCCAUAGAUGACUACAUAGACCUGUUCUUCAUUGACUACCCUACGUUGUUUCGUGCCAUGUCUGUCAGACCUACUGAAGAAGAAAUAAUGGAGACAGUGCAUGUCUUUUUAGCCAACCCCGAUCUAGGCAUAGUGGUAAAGGGAGCUACAAAGGACACACCUUGGACCUCAAACACCUCAAAGGAAAUGGUCAUUGAUGCCACUCUUGAGGCUGCAUCCUUCCUCACUCUCCCCAAUGUGCUUCAAAUGUUCCUGUCUCAUAAACACUGGCCGCCAAUGGAUUUGCUGAAAAAUGCUGUUGAUAUGAUUCCUGAGGGCUUUCCAUUCUCAUUGAAGCUUAAAACUAUCGUGAGGGCCCUUGCCAAUGAAUCUCAAGAGAACCUGAUCCUCAUGCAGCACAUCAUCCAGACAGCCACGGAACUCUUCCAGAACAACCUGACAGACCACUUCACAGAGAAACUUGCUGAGCUGACAUCCCAGAUGUGCGCGUUUGAGUCUUCAGACAGUAUCCAGCAGCUAAUGCAGGCUCUGUCCAUGAAUUCAAGUCAGCUGUGCCAAACUAUUCUGCCCAACAUCCUGAUUCUGGCAGAGAGUCUCCAGAGAAACAUGACUGAAUUAUCCGAUGCCAUUUUCCAGAUCUUCAUUGGGGACCCUAGCACCUACCUUGUUCAACCACACUGGAUGUCUAUCAUAAGUCAAAGUUUCAACUUUAACAUCAGCAGCCUGAGCAUGUUCAAGAUUAAUGUCACCUCUCCUGGAGUGGUGACAGUAGGGGAGAUGCUGAGGAAUAAAACAACAUUUCUUUUGAAUGCUCAAAAGUAUGUAGACCCCAGCAGUCUGAACCUGCUACUGGAGAGCGUUCUACCCAACAAAAACUUAGAUAUCCUCUCCUGGUUGGUCAAACUGCGCCACUGCGACUCUGUAGACACUCUCAACAUGACAAAGACAGAGAUGGACAUCUUCAGAACAUUGUGUUCCUGGACUCCCAAACAGUGGUACAUCAUCUCAGUGCUGAUUGUUCGCCAUCUCAACAUGGAGAAGCUCAUCUACAGAUUGGUUCUGUCUGAAGAAAUGCAGAUUCUGUUGAGAGUCUUGAUACAGAUUGCUGAGAUUUUAACCAACAUGAUGAACCAGCUGCUUCCUGCUGUUAGUCAGCUGGAAAACUACCUGUUCUCUUUCGCGGACCUCAACCUCAUGUCCAACAGCGAAUUUAACAGGGUGAGUCACCUUUUCUGCUGUGGAGUGCUUUUUCACUGUGGCAAGAUCAGCAAAGGGCAGCAUGUCAAGCAAGCUACUUUCCUCACAGUUUCUCAGGCGUUGUGCAGCAAAGGCAUGCUGGCCGUGUUCGGACUCUCGAAGGCGUCCAUCGCGUCAGAGUCCCAGCCCUCCACUGCAGAAAAUUACCAGAGAGAAGAGAUGAUUGAGAGGUUCAAGAUCCCACGCAACGCUACUCCUUUUUGUAUGAAUAUAUUUCUGGACAUGGUCAACACCACAGAGGGUGCCAUUGCCUGGGCCUUCUUCAAACCAAUGCUGAUGGGGCAAAUCCUGUACACUCCUAAUACACCCGUCACCAGAGCCAUAAUGGAGAAGGUACAAAGCUAUAGCACCUUGAAAGAAUUUGCAAAUCUGAAGAAGUACGCUGAGGACUGGAUUGAAUCUUCCAACUAUAUGGUAAAAUCUGCAGAAAUUCUGAGCAGCACUUUACCAAUUCUACAGAAGUCCCUUGGUAAUUCCCUUGUGAAGAAUUUCAUUGAGAUGCAGCUGGACAUCGAUGUUGACAGCAUGCGGGAAACUCUCAGCAAAUUCUCCAACAUGACCGUCUUACUGGAGAAGAACAAACACAUCCUGAAGCAGGUCACCACCUUGUCCAUCAUGGUAAAUAUCUCCUCCUGCAUCAUUGACCGCUACCAAGGCUACGAUUCCGCUGACCAGCUCAACGAUGUUGCUCAGGAUCUCGUCAAAAACCGCAACCUCUUUGCAAGUACUGUCUUCAAGGUGUCAUCUUCAAGCUACCUAAAGAUGAAGGCACAAUGAAGCAAAACUCCACAUCUCCUGCCUGGAAGAGUGAGCUACACCAUCCGGAUGCAUGUGGAAAAUGUUAUGCCUACGGACCGCGUCCAUGAUCUUGUUUUCAUGAAGGACUCACACAUUUCAAUCCGGAAGUCUAUACGCUACAACCGGGGCUUCAUCUACGUGCAGGAGAAUAUUGAGCGGGCCAUCAUCGAGACUCAGACCGGACAGAAUGUCACAGAACUAGCCGUGCAGCUGCAACCCUUCCCCUACCCCUGUCACCUACGAGAUGAAUUCUUGGAGGCCACAUCAUCCGUCUUCCCUCUCGUUCUGAUGCUGGCCUGGAUUCUGUUCAUAGCAGAUUUUGUGAAGAAACUGGUUUAUGAGAGGGAGUUGAGGCUGCAUGAGUACAUGAAGAUGAUGGGGGUCAACCCACUCAGCCAUUUCUUCGCCUGGUUCCUGGAGUGCGCCACCUCGCUGGUGUUUACCAUUGCCAUCCUGACGCUGGUGCUGAAAUAUGGUCAAAUCCUAGCCCAGAGUGAUGGAUUCUUAAUUUUUCUGUACCUGUGUGACUAUGGUUUGAGCAUCCUUGCCUUUAGCUACUUGGUCAGCUCUUUCUUUGACAAGACAUACAUCGCCGGCCUCAGUGGCAGCCUUCUUUACGUCCUCUGCUUCUUCCCCUUCAUUGUGGUCUUGGGCAUGGAGUCCAGUCUCAGCUUUUCUCAGAAGAGUGCCCUGAGUUUGUUUUCCCCUACCUGCUUCAGCUACGCUAGUCAAUAUGUCUCUCGCUAUGAGGCCCAAGGACAAGGUAAGAGCAUAAUUCAGUGGAGCAAUUCAUACACCUCGCCCAUAGCUGGAGACACGGCUUCAUUUGGCUGGCUGUGCUUGAUGCUCAUUGACUCCAUCCUCUACUUCAUUGUUGGGGCGUACGUUCGUGUGGUCUUUCCAGGAGCUUAUGGCAUUCCAGCUCCGUGGUAUUUCCCUUUCAAAGCAUCCUUUUGGAGAGACCUUUGCUGCUGCAUUAAGUCAUCGAGAAGCGGCAGGGGGCUAUUUUUCACCAACAUCAUGCAGAGAAAACCAGUACUCCUUUGGCAAUCACAAGGAGAAGGUACAAACAUCCUUCCUUCCCACGCCAGCGAGAGCUUCUCAGAGCUCCCAGUGGGUGUCUCUUUCCACGGUCUCACCAAGGUCUAUGGUAGCAAGUCGGUGUCCAAAACCUUAUGUCUCUUCUAAGAAGGCCACAUCACUUCACUGCUUGGACACAAUGCAGCUUGCAAGACCACCACCAUGUCACUCCUGACUGGCCUUUUUGCUCCGUCUGCGGGUACAAUCGAGGUCUAUGGCAGAGACAUGCGCACUGACAUUGAUGUUAUUCGCAAAGAGCUGGGAGUGUGCAUGCAGUACGACGUCCUCUUUGACCACAUGACCGCCAAAGAACACCUGCUGCUGUAUGGCCAGAUCAAAGCUCCACACUGGUCACACGGGGAACUGCAUGCAGAAGUCUGCAAGAUCCUGGAGGAGACGGGAAUGUAUGCUCACAGACACAAACGGGUGGGCACCCUAUCGGGAGGUAUGAGACGCAAGCUGUCAAUCUCCAUCGCCUUCAUAGGGGGCUCACGUUUGGUGGUUCUGGAUGAACCAACAACAGGAGUCGAUCCCUGCUCCAGGCGCAGUAUCUGGGACAUUGUUGUGCAGCAUAAGAAAAACCGCACCAUCAUCAUGUCCACCCACCACCUGGAUGAAGCUGAGGUGCUGAGCGACCGCAUUGCCUUCCUAGAGAGAGGAGGCUUAAAAUGCUGCGGAACUCCCUUCCAUUUGAAGGAUAUGCUCGCUCAAGGUUACAACCUCACUCUCGCCAAAAAGGUGCAGGCCUUAGAAGCUGAGGAAAGGUUUGACAGUGCUGAACUGAAAGCCUUCAUCCAAGCCCAUGUACCAAAUGCACGACUGAAGGAGGUACAAGGGAGUGAUCUGGUCUACUCACUGCCCCCCUUUGACUCAUCCAGUGCCUCCUCAUACCGUUCCCUCCUUACUGCACUGGAUGCCAAUCUGGAUGCGCUGAAGCUGGGAUCUUAUGGCAUCUCUGACACCACCCUGGAGGAGGUAUUCCUCCAAUUGACUAAGGGAACAGCAGAGAGCGAGGCUGACGGUGACCGCUUGUCUAUAUCAGAAACAAUUUCUGAUUCUGGAUCUAUUGAUAGUUUCCCUGAAGACUGCAGUGGAAGUAUCUCCAGCUAUGGUGACAAAAUUAAUCUCACCAGUUCAACCACAGUGCAGGGCAUGGCCUUGGCCUGGCAGCAGGUGAUGGCUAUAUUGAUCAAGAGGUUCCACCACAGCCGGAGGGACUGGAAGGGCCUGCUCAGCCAGGUCCUACUACCGGUGCUGUUUGUGAUGUUUGCUAUGGGCAUGGGCUCCAUCAAGAGUAACUUGCAGAACUACCCCGAGUUAGAGCUCAGCCCUGACCUCUACAAGGUUGGACCAAGCUACACUUUUUUCAGCAGCCAGAAUCCAAACACCCAGCAGCUCGUGGACACCAUGAUGUCAUCUCCAGGGAUCGAUAAGGCCUGCCUCAACAAUCCUGAUAACCCGGUCUACACACGUUCAGACAAGUGGAGGUCCACGGGGAACAGUUCCAAGGACUUUAAUGUUUGUAAAUGCACCCCAGAGAAACAGAUAUGUGACAAGGACAGCUUUCAUCCACUUCACAAGAGGAUCCCUUCCUCUCAGAUCGUUUAUAAUCUGACGGGCAUCAAUGUGGAGAAGUACCUGGUGGCUACAGCCAAUGACUUCAUUAGAAACAGGUAUGGUGGCUUUACAUUUGGCAUGCCACUCCCUCCUGACUUGCAGAUGGAUCUCAAAGACGUGCCCAAAAAUCGAACGCUGUCGAAGGUCUGGUUCAACCCAGAGGGUCACCACACAAUGCCGGCAUACAUAAACAGCUUCAAUAACUUCAUCCUACGCUCCAGGCUUCCAGCAGACAAAGAUCCAUGCAAAUAUGCUAUUUCAGUUUCCAGCCAUCCCUACUUUGGCCAGAUGAGUAAUGAAGCUUCAGUUAUCCAGGGAAUGCUUCAGAUCUUAGUGGCUGUGUGCAUACUGACAGGUUAUUCGAUCACAACAGCCAGCUUUGCCAUUUAUGAAGUCCAUGAGCACCACAGCGGCUCCAAGAGGCUCCAGCACAUCGCUGGUGUCAGCGAGCCAUUAUACUGGGCUGUCAACUUUUUUUACGACAUGGUAGGAUCUGCUUCUGGAUUUACAGGAGAGAAAAGAAAACUUCAUAAAAUAAUAUCACAUUUUACUGAAUAUCAUUACCUUAUCAGCCAGAAUCCAAACACCCAGCAGCUCGUGGACACCAUGAUGUCAUCUCCAGGGAUCGAUAAGGCCUGCCUCAACAAUCCUGAUAACCCGGUCUACACACGUUCAGACAAGUGGAGGUCCACGGGGAACAGUUCCAAGGACUUUAAUGUUUGUAAAUGCACCCCAGAGAAACAGAUAUGUGACAAGGACAGCUUUCAUCCACUUCACAAGAGGAUCCCUUCCUCUCAGAUCGUUUAUAAUCUGACGGGCAUCAAUGUGGAGAAGUACCUGGUGGCUACAGCCAAUGACUUCAUUAGAAACAGGUAUGGUGGCUUUACAUUUGGCAUGCCACUCCCUCCUGACUUGCAGAUGGAUCUCAAAGACGUGCCCAAAAAUCGAACGCUGUCGAAGGUCUGGUUCAACCCAGAGGGUCACCACACAAUGCCGGCAUACAUAAACAGCUUCAAUAACUUCAUCCUACGCUCCAGGCUUCCAGCAGACAAAGAUCCAUGCAAAUAUGCUAUUUCAGUUUCCAGCCAUCCCUACUUUGGCCAGAUGAGUAAUGAAGCUUCAGUUAUCCAGGGAAUGCUUCAGAUCUUAGUGGCUGUGUGCAUACUGACAGGUUAUUCGAUCACAACAGCCAGCUUUGCCAUUUAUGAAGUCCAUGAGCACCACAGCGGCUCCAAGAGGCUCCAGCACAUCGCUGGUGUCAGCGAGCCAUUAUACUGGGCUGUCAACUUUUUUUACGACAUGGUCAUCUAUCUGGUCCCUGUGGCGUUAACGGUUGGUCUGAUUACAGCCUUUCAGCUCCCAGCAUUCACAGCACGACAGAACCUGGCUGCUGUCGCACUGCUUCUGGUGCUCUUUGGGUUUGCCACGUUCCCUUGGAUGUACCUAUUAUCAGGUGUCUUCAAGGAUCCAGAGAUGACCUUUAUCAGCUAUGUGUGCAUCAACCUCUUCAUCAGUAUCAACACCGUCAUUUCCAUCUCAGUCCUCUACUUCAUUACCCAAACUACACCAUCUGUCAAGGGAAUCUUCCACAGGCUGAGCCACGCCUUCCUCAUUUUUCCCCAGUUUAACUUUGGUAACGGGUUGAUGGAGCUGGUCAGGAGAAACAUAGAUGUUCAGAUCCUCAGCAGCUAUGGCAUUGAUGCCUACAAGAACCCAUUCUACACAGAUGCCCUGGGCUGGAUGUUCAUCUCCUCUUUCCUCCAAGGCCUCUUCUUUUUCACAUUGCGGCUGCUGCUCAACAAGUGGCUCAUAUCCAGAGUCAGGCAUCUGUUUCAGGGCAGAAGGACAGCACCCCGUGUGGAUUUGGACGAUGAGGAUGAAGACGUGGUGGCUGAGUACCAUCGGGUAUCAAGUGGAGGAGCCAACUCGGAUAUACUGCAGGUCAACCAACUCACUAAAGUCUACCACCACCUAAACAAGAAGAUCGAAGCUGUGAAAAAGAUUUCUGUGGGUGUUCCGGCAGGAGAGUGCUUUGGUCUGCUGGGUGUGAAUGGAGCAGGAAAAACAACCACCUUCAAGAUACUGACUGGAGACGUUCAUCCCACUGAUGGCACAGCACAGAUCAAAGACUGGGACGGGCAUCUCGUAGACAUCAUGGAGUGCCGUGACAAGGGAAUUAACAUCGGGUAUUGCCCCCAGGUGGACGCGCUGGAUGAUCUGCUCACUGGUGAAGAGCACUUGUAUUUCUAUGCUCAUAUUCACGGCAUCUCACGGAGGAAUACACACGGGGUUGUGACUAUCUCCUGAAGAAACUGGAGCUGAAACUAUCACAGAAACAAUGUCACCAAAGGCUACAGCUGUGGCACCCGUAGGAAGCUCUCCACAGCGAUUGCUAUGAUCGGUCACCCACAAAUCCUUCUCUUGGAUGAGCCCAGUUCUGGCAUGGACCCUCGCACCAAACGCCACCUGUGGAAAAUCAUCUCUGAAGAACUGAAGAGGAAAUGUGCUGUGAUUCUCACAUCUCACAGCAUGGAGGAAUGUGAAGCGCUGUGUAGCCGUCUGGCCAUCAUGGUGAAAGGGCAGUUCCGAUGCCUGGGCUCCCUGCAGCACAUUAAGAACAGGUUCGGCAGUGGGUUCACUGUGAAGAUGUACUUGGCUCGGGCCUGUGAUACAAAGGCAAUCACCAGCUUCAUGCAGAGCCACUUCCCCAGCACUUAUCUCAAGGACCAACACUCUACUAUGAUAGAAUACCACGUACCAUUUGCUCCGGGAGGAGUUGCUGACAUCUUUGACCGGUUGGAAACCAAUAAGACUGCUCUGCUGAUCAAACACUUCUCUGUCAGCCAGACCACACUGGAUGAGGUUUUCAUCAACUUUGCUUUGGGAAAGACCGGCAUGGAAACCACACCCAUGCACAGUGAAGGGGAAUGGGACCGUCUGGGCUUCACUGAAGAAGAAGAAACAUAGAACUGACUACUGUUUUUUUUUUUGUUUUUUUUUGCUAAAUCACCUAAAUUGUUUGGCUUAGUGAUAUGUGCCAACUGUGAAACUGAAGUGCAGAAUCUGUUUAAUAUACAUCUUCUUGAAAUGUGCUGUGUUAUAUGUAUUUAAACAGAAAUUGUGAUUAUUUCUUGAAGGUGUAAAUAACUGCAUGAAGGAUAACUUAACAUGUCUAGUUUUAAUUCUUAAACAUAAUAUGCAACAGUCUCAAAUAUAUGCACUCAAUAAGUUGUGCACAUUUGCAUGUAUACACACACACACACACACAAACACACGUGCCAUUAUAUGUUUUUCUGUAGUAUCUUAUUGCUCAUGAAAGAUAAAAAAAGAAUUGUGUUAACUAUCAUCUGUGUGGUGGGGAUGCUGUUAGUUUACUAUUUUGCAUCAUUUUCUGUCACAUUCAUUGUGAUUUUACAUCAUUUUUAAGGACUCGUCUUGAAUUCAUAACAUGCCAUUCUGAGAUGGUUAUAAUUACUUGCUACUGGAUGUAAUUUUGUAAAUGAAAAUGUUAUUUUUACCCAGAUGGACAUCUUCAGUUUCUAGACUUUUCACCUUCUCGUUAACACUUUCUCUAAGGGAACAUUUAACAUUUAGAAUGAAUGUAAUGCAAAUGUAACAGCACGUUUUUCACUGAAGGCCCAAUUUCUUGUAAUUGCAAAUGUGUUGAGCUUAUUUUUGUACUUCUAAUAAAUCUAUUUUUCACAUGCAA